AAGAAGCGAUCGACGAACAACGCAUUUCGUACAUUCCAAUUUCGUUCCGUUUGCGUUUCGUUUCUCAUUCAGAACUCGAAAGCCCCAGGUGUCGGUUUAGUUCAAGUUUUAACAGAAAAAAAACACAUUUUUGCUCUGCUACAACAUACAGCACCGGUUUUUGUCGUUAUAUUUCCCCCCCAACUGUUCGGUGUGUUGUCUACCUGUCCAACAAUAACAACAAAAAACAAAACCUCUCGUUUUUUCAAAUUUCAUUGUUCUCAGCUUCACGCAGCGGGAAGUCGCCGGCCGGUUUAAUAUUUAAAUUGUAUUCUAAAAAGAUGUCCGAGCAACAAGAAAACGCAACUCCCGCGGUAAUGAACGGCGAGCAAAACGGCGAACAUAAACCAGAAAAGGUCGAAGUUACGGAAAAUGGCACCGAAUCGCCGAAUAACGCCGCCGGUGAACCUGUUGCCGAAAACGAAAACGAGCCGCCCAAAAAGGAGAUGAGAGCGGUCGUCCUUACCGGCUUCGGGGGCCUUAAAUCGGUCAAAAUCCUCAAAAAACCCGAACCGACGGUCGGUGAGGGCGAAGUCCUCAUUAGGGUGAAGGCCUGCGGACUGAACUUCCAAGACUUGAUGGUACGUCAGGGUGCGAUCGAUUCGCCCCCGAAAACCCCGUUCAUUUUGGGAUUCGAGUGUGCCGGCGAUAUCGAGCAAGUCGGAGAAGGAGUCGAAGAUUUUCAGGUUGGAGAUCAAGUGGUAGCUCUACCAGAAUACAGAGCGUGGGCGGAACUGGUUGCAGUGCCUGCCAAAUAUGUCUACAAAUUGCCCAAAGGACUGUCUUACCUGGACGCCGUUACCAUUACCAUGAACUACACGGUGGCUUACAUCUUACUUUUUGAAAUUGGCGCCCUUUCUCAGGGAAAAUCGGUGCUGGUGCACUCUGUCGGUGGUGGAGUGGGACAAGCUGUGGUCCAGCUAGCCAAAUCCGUGCCAGAAGUGACGAUUUUCGGUGUGUGCUCCAAGGGAAAACAUGAGGCUUUAAAAGAAGCCGGCUCCCCGGUGGACCAUUUGCUUGAAAAGGGAUCCGACUACGUCAGCGAAGUCAGAAAGAUUUCCGCAGAUGGUGUGGACAUAGUGCUCGAUUGCCUGUGCGGCGAAGAAUGCAACAAAGGCUACAAUUUACUCAAGCCGAUGGGCAGAUACGUCCUCUACGGAACCUCCAACGUCGUCACGGGUGAAACCAAAGGGUUCUUCAGCGCUGCUAGAUGUUGGUGGCAAGUCGACAAGGUGUCUCCGUUAAAAUUGUUCGACGAAAACAAGAGUCUCGCCGGAUUCAACCUACGUCAUUUGAUGUACCAGCAAAACGGAGCGGGAUUCGUUAGACAAACCGUGAAUAAAGUGUUCCAGUUAUUCCAGGAUGGCAAGAUCAAACCUUUGUUGGAUUCCACCUGGGCACUCGAAGACGUGGUAGAGGCGAUGCAAAAGAUGCACGACCGUAAGAACGUCGGUAAACUGAUCCUCGAUCCCAGUAUGGAACCGAAACCAAAACCGGCGACCCCCGCCAAAGGUAAAAAGAAGCAAUCCUCCGAAGAAAAGAAAGAGGACAAAGAAGAAAAGAAAGAAGAGAAAAAAGAGGAGAAGAAAGAAAAGGAGGAGGAGAAAAAGGAAAAAGAUGAAAAGAAAGAGGAGUCGGUGACCAACGGGACCGGAGAACCGGCCAGCGAGGAGGCCGAAAAAAAGUAAUUUUAAGUGAGGAGGGUGCGUAUUAACUAUUUACCUGUUGACAAUGAUAAUAUUUAGAGCUAAUCGAGUACAUGUUAAAUGCGCAAAGAUUUAAAGCAUCGUUAUAAAUGGAAAUGUUUUACUCACACACUCAUAUUUGUCUUUGUGUAAAACGUGACGUCGUGUUUCUGCUCGGUAAAAACACACUUAACUUUGAAAACAAAAAUCUCUCUCUUUCUCUGUAUCCGUAACCUUUUAACGCUUCAGCUUCCAAUGCGGCUUUAAACGUGGAUAUCGUAAAAUAUAAGCGCUCAAACUAUACCGUAAUAAUAUCCACGCUUGAAUACCACAUAUACACUUACACAGAAAAUCUCUGCAGGGAUCUCAAAAAAUUUUAUUUUAUCCUUUUAAAACUGACCAUACUACUACUUACUGUGUUAUUUUAUGUAAAAGUGUGACCAAAAGAAACGGUAGAAUAUUCGACACAUAUGAUUUAUAUUUUUAUAUUUGCAUUUAUUAUUUUUCUAAGAUAACUCUACUGUAGUUCGUUUAAGCUUAGACGUUUGUGUUUUAUAUAUAUAUAUUUUGUAUUUGUUUCGUGAGCAAUCGGUUAUUAAAUGGGGCUUGGAACAUGUAUUGGGGACAGGUCAUUGCAGGCUUUUGCAAUCGGGUUUUGUUUCAUUUGAAUUAUAAGGAAAGGAGGUGAUUUAAAUCAGGUUUUAGUGGGCAAAACGGGGAUUUGUGUUUAGUUUUUAAGGGCUUGAAAAUCUAUGAUGAAAUGUUCAUAAGUGGUUCAAAUCAACUUAUUUUUUUAAUAUAAAAAAGGUGUUGUCUUCAGUUCAGUCAUGGGCGCAUUUUUUAGAACUGGAUUUUUGGUCCAAAUUUGAAUUUUACCCAGUUUGUAAGGCUUUUGUCUAUAAAAUACAGAAAAGGUAAGAUAAUAAGUUCAAAACAGUUGGUUCAAUUCGUCGUUUUUAUUAAGGCAAUUUUUAGUCGAGCGAGGCUUGGGAAUAAACAAAACGAAAAGGCGGACCCACCUAUUUUUCGAUUAAAUUUUAAUCAGGGGGAGAUUAAAAUAUGUUUUACUAUAGUCAUGGCACGCUUAAUGUCCAAAAGUUUACUUUUUAUCGAAAUAUUUAAAAAUUUACCAAAUAUAUAAUACAUAUUUAAAUACCAACGUUAUUGCCAUUAUUGUAUUUUUUGGGAAAACUCGAAACAAUAAGAAUAAUCGAUUACGUCUUUUAAUGAAUACUUACUUAUCUAUUAAAUAUUACGAUUAAAAAAAUGACAUUUGGAUACAAAGAACUUGUAUGUCAAUAUUUGACAUUUCUGUCUUGAAUUGUUUAAAUUUGAAUUUAGUGUGCCAUGACUAAGCUUAGAACUAAGUUAAAAAAAAAGACAGUCAAGUCUAUUUUUCCAAGCUUCCCUUGAUAAAAACAUAUUUUAACAGAACCGUGACUUCCUAGAUUAAAAUGGUAGUCUAGGAGAAAAAUAUUUUGGACCACUAUUUUUUUGUUUCUCUUUAAUAAAUUCAUAGAGAAAACAAUCAACUUCCGGUCCAACUUCCGAAGAAACCGGAGGUCAAAAUUAAAUACCUCUUAAUUUUUUUGGUGCCAUCGAAUAUCAAGGAAAGGAGAAGAAACUCUUCUCUCACAUCAUCCUCAAUUUUACCUAAAAAAGAUUCUCUUAUACUGAAAUGCCUGGAAUAGCUAAAAGAAAUUAUUAACUACCUCAAAAAAAAUUGUAUAAUUUCUUCAGUCAGAAAUGGGUAAUCAGAGUUUAAAUUGUCUACAUACCAACUUUUUUUUUAUUUUUUUACGCCAUAUUUUACAAUUUUUAUCUAAAUAGGGAGGAUUUAACAAUAAAUAAUCCAGUCUGAAUGUUCAUCUGAAUAAUAUAUUUUGUUUCCUGUUUUUUAAUUGCCUUGAAGAGCUUAUGGAGUUAUUUAAUUGCCUACAAAUUGGUACUUCAUCUAAUCCAUUCAAGCCCACUUAAUUAAUCCCUCAAAUCAAACAAAUAAAGUGAAAAAAUAAUAACAAAAUUAAACAAGAAAAUCGAUAAAACUAAAAACUGUAUAACGAAAGGCCUUAAAAAAACUGGAUAUAAGACUCGUAAAGUAACGCUUUUGGUACUUUUUAAAUGCCCUGAAACUCAUCAUUUCAUCAUGAAGAAAAAUGGCAUUUUGAAUACCUUGAAAGACCUCGUAUUCCAAUAUUUGACAUACGAGGUCUUUCAUCGAAGUCUUGAUAUAGUAAAACAGCCAAUUUUAAUCAGUUGGUUUAGAAAUAAUAAGACAGUUGAAUACAUUUUUCCAUGGCACCCAAAAUGCAAAGUCAAGCAGAAAAAAAAAAUCAACUAAUAGGAAGUGAUGAGCUUUUGGCCCAAAUUUGUAUUUUAUCAAGUUUCGAUCUUUCCCAUAAAACCCUGAGUAUCUGAGAUAAUUCUUUGUCCUCUAGGUCUAUUUCCCUAUACACGAGGUUUUCCAUCUCACCUAAUUUUUUAGCUAUGUGAUGAGAGUAACUGAGAUAUACUUUAUUGAUUUUUUGUCUUUAAUUCUUGUAAAAUCUUGUAAAAAAAAAAGUUUGUAUUGUGUCCCACCCAUGAUACUCUUAGGAUUCAUCCAUAUACCCAUAAUUCUUCAAUUCUGUGUUCUUUAGUGCCCAUGUUUCAGCAGAAUAAACAGCAAUUGCGAAGAUCAAGGAAUUGGCCAGCAUUACUUUCACUGUUUUUGUAAUUGCUUGAUCUCUCGAUAUUGUUCAUUGUCAGUCUUCUCUUUAUUUCCUCUGAACAGCUUAACUUGUCCACCACACCAUAUCACGCUAUGUUUUUGAUAUUGGAUCGAUCGAUGAACAUUACUUUCUCUAAUUUGUUAAUUAUAUUUGUUAUGUCUGCUGCAAUAAUGAAAGUGUCAUAUUUCAGAUUACUAUUUUUUCCCUCCAAUUAAUAUUCCACCUUCCCAAUCGUGUUAUCACUUCCUAACCAAAAAUAUGUGUCCACAUUCUUAAACUUUUUAACUUUCAGGGUCUUUAUUUCCUCCCAAAGUGUCUACCCUUAAACCCAAAUCCAGGACAACCUGGGAUAAACACCAAUUUUUCCUUAAAAAAUUAGUAUUUUCCCUCAAAUAUUUCGUUUAAAUAUGCCCAACAUAUCCGCAUCAACAAUCGAAAUUAUAGACCAAACAAACAAACAAAAAAUCAGUAGUUAGAGUUUGAUACGAAUAUAUUUCCACCUAAAGCAAACCGACUUGGUAAAGUUUGUACUUGAGUAUUUUUGCUAAUAUUGCCAUUUUACAUAAGCCAUAUCACAAAAAAAAGAAGUAAUUUUUUUAUUAUAAAAACGAAUUUUAUACUAUAGUUAGUUUAGUGAGGAUGAGUUAGCUUAUUAGAAUGACCGCACUGAACUCAUUUAAAACAUGAACAUUCCAUAACAAAGAAAAAGCAACAAUAAGAUCGUUCGUUUGAUGAUUCAGUGUUGAGAUUUACGCUUUCUGUAUUCUGUACUGCUCAUAUUUACUAUGUGUAACUUAUAUUAUUGUAAUUUAAGGGUAUCGCUCUGGGCAAAUUAUAUUUUCUUAUAUCGGACGGACCCUAUAUUUAGAUAAACGAAGCUACUACGUUUCUGUUAAAAGUUUAGGUACCUAUUCGAUUAUGCUAAAGUAUGUUAAUAUUGCUUGGAAAAAAAAUUAUAUUUUAUUGUAAGACUGAUGUGUUACGCUACUGCAUAUUAUUGUUUGAAUGCCUGUAUAAUAAAAAUUGUAAUUAAUAUAA